ACAUCCCAUUACGUUCCUUGGGAGCUAAGGGUAGAGGCUAACCAAGCAACAACUCACGGUUGUAUUAAGAUAAAGUAAAACUGAUACAUUAAAGGAUUAUUUUUCUUGACUGUUUCGCUAUUGUUUAAAUAAAUGACGCCAUUAUCGAAGCCCAGGAAUGGAGGCGAAGUGGCGCGAAACACUAAAUGGGGAGUGGCAGGACCCCCUGUCUCUUUAUUGAAGCGUCCUGGUGGGGCACCUCAGCCUUGGCCUAUGCACUCACACCAAUUGGAGCAGAUAUACAGGUCCAACGUCCCUCCACCUCAUCUACCACUCUUCCAUACCCGACACGCAGAGGAAAGCGCUGAGCGGCCUCACCUGGUCACUAUUGUCCGCCCGUGUGGUCAAAGUGGACUACGGAAGGUCACGGUGCUGCUGAACCGGAGGGCUGUGGUGUCCUUUGAGCAGCUGCUCUUGGAUAUCUCAGAAGCAUUGGGGUUUCCUCGCUGGCACAGAGGAAGAGUCACACGUCUGUUCACGACACAUGCUCGAGAGGUCAAGGGUGUGUGUGAUUUUUUUCGUGGUGAAGUGGCCUUCCUGGCUCUCAGUAAGGCUCAUCCUGAGCUGAGCAGUGUGCAGGAUGCUCUGGAGGAACUUUUUCCAGACCAUUCCCAUUACUGUGCCGAUGCACUGCGGGUCUGGGAGAAGAAACUCCGGCCAGCGCCAGAUAAAGCUGCCAAGGCUGACAGCGGAUACAGCGAGGAGACAGAAAACACUGGGAAUAUACAAGAGACGCAACAAGAAACACGUAUGCAUGUUAAGAAUCACACUAAUGCGCACACAUCUCAACAUGCAGACAAACACCAGCAAGAACACUAUAUUCCUGACUCCCAGAAGUCAAAUAAGAAGAUUUCUUGCAAGAAACCAGCUCACCUUCCCAACAACUUGCAGAAGUUACGUGUUAGGGGAGUUGUCAAAGAGAGACAGCCUUCUCUUAUUGGUCCAUUUAAACAUGAUGAUAUACCACCUCCUAUACUGUGUGAAAACUGCUUAGCAACAAGAUCGAAACCUCUGAGUCCAGGACUGAUCAGUACACUAUCAGGAAGGGUCCCACUCCCUCCCGUGUCAAAGAAGCAGAAAGAAAUCCCUCAUAUAGAGCAAGAAGUGAAACAGCUGGAUGUUUUUAACAGCCCUUCACCUCCUCCGGGCAGCAGAAACAAAGAGAAUAGCUUUGUAUCAUCACAUUUUUUAGAUCCAGCUCUACACGUGGGUUCAGGACACAAAGAAACACAACUUACAGACACCUGUGUCCCCCCCUCGGAUGGCAGGGAGCUCACCUUGUCUGACAUCGAGCGCUGCUAUGAAAUCGGACGUUUGAUUGGAGAUGGAAACUUUGCUGUGGUGCGAGAGUGCCGUCGUUGUGACAAUGACCAACCCUUCGCCAUGAAGAUUGUGGAGCGCUCCAAGCUGAUUGGUCGGGAACAUAUGAUGCAGAACGAGCUGAGCCUCCUAUGUAGUCUGAGUCACCCCCGUAUAGUGCGGCUGUUGGCCCACCACCACACUCGUACGCACUCCUACCUGGUGAUGGAGCUGGUGAGUGGAGGGGAUCUGUUCGAGGCCAUCAGUGACAAGGGGAAGUUUUCAGAGGCUGAGGCUGGACUCAUGGUUUUGGAUGUGAGCGAAGCGCUGAACUACAUCCACUGCAGGAGCAUCGUCCACAGAGACCUAAAACCUGAGAAUGUAUUGAUAGAGAAAGUAACUGCUGGCAUCGGUCGACUGAAGUUGGGAGACUUUGGCCUGGCUAUGGUAGUAACGGAACCAGUCUUCACCAUAUGUGGCACACCAACGUAUGUGGCCCCAGAGAUCCUCUGUGAGACAGGGUACGGUGUAGCAGUGGAUGUUUGGGCUCUGGGGGUGAUUCUUUACAUCCUGCUGUGUGGCUUUGCCCCCUUCCGCAGCCGGGAUCGGGAUCAGGAGGAGCUCUUUAAGCUAAUAAAACAAGCAGAACUUCACUUCCCUUCGCCCUACUGGGACUCCAUCUCAGAAGAAGCUAAAGGCCUUGUCAGAUCUCUGCUUGAACCAGAUCCCACAGUGAGGCUGACAGCAGAGCAGACCUUCCAGCACCAUUGGGUAAAUGCUAUGGCUUCGGUAUACAACCAGAGGGCGCUCUCUGAUAAAAAUAAGAGAAACACAGUAGACGGUAAACUAGAACUACAGAGAGUCCACAAACCAGCUUCAGUCCACAAACCAGCUUCAAUGAAUGCAGCAGAAUCACUGAUGAACCCAACACCAGGUCACUCUGGCACCAAGAAGGACAUAACUGUCAGGAGACAUGAUGAAUUCACAACAAGAGGCCAAGAUCAGAACAAAACUCCACUUGUUCGAUCAAACAACAUGAGCACUGACUGACAUUGUAGCUUCCCAGAAAAAAGAGCAAACACUUCUAUAUGGUACGCGAUGUCAAGAGAACCCAGAGACCACAUCUGCAGAGCAGCACAGCAGGGAAAAUAUUCAGGAUUCUUGUCCAAAGCUGGCAAAUAUAGACCUUUUUAAUAAACGUGACUCUUCUACAACUCAAACCGAGCCUUGAUCCCAGAUUAAACUGGAGUCCAAAUAGAACAGGUAACAGACAAGCAGCAAUCAGAAAAUGCUACAUCUCUAACCCAUCAUCCAGACGAGCAGCUGAUUCUCCAGCUCAGUCUGUUCUUCACCUCACACACAUCUAUACUGCAGGCGCCCUCCACAAACAGCCAACUGAAAACCACACCAGGCCAAAUGGUCACAACACAUUCAAGCCCUGACAUGUCUGUGACAUUUUUUCCUGUUUGGUUGUGUGAUUAGAUCAGGGUCACCAUUUUCUUUGUUUAAAACAAUAGCCUUGAUUAUUAUAGCUGCUGAAGCUUUGGAUGACAGGCAGAUGAUGGGUUUUUACUUUCUUAGAAUGAAUAGAGUCUGAUUGAUGAGAUUUGUUGCAUUUGGUAAAUGUGCAUAAGCCAUUUGUCCUGCAUUCGGGAAUUAAUUCAAUUCAAUUUUCAAUUCAGUUUUAUUUAUAUAGCGCCAAUUCACAACACAUGUUGUCUCAAGGCACUUCACAACAGUCAAGUACAAACAUUCCAAUUAGU